AUGUCUAUUUUUGGUGAACCCCUGCCUCACGAAGAUGACACAGCGGCAUCACUGAUCCGCCGUACAGGUUUCCCACCAGACGGGACUUAUGAGCAGAUGCCAGAAGUUUACCUGUGCCCCUGCUGCAGUGAGUUUUCCAAGCUGAGUGAACACGAUCGACUCCUCCAAAUGGUGCAGGCCGAGAAGGAGGCUGAGCGCCGGAGGAUCCUCCAGCUGGACGUUUUUGAUGAAAGGGCUAAACCACUACCCUUUGAGAGUGGGCGUCGGCCCCCACAGUGGGUUCCAGAGGAUGAUGAGGUCCUCAACAUGCAGCCGAACAUGCCGCCGCCACCGACUUUGGAUGAGCUUCGGAGACGCCAGAACCAAUUAAAUGAUAUGAGGCUCGUGGUUACGGUGCACCACGGUAAGAACCUUGCCGCUUCACCGCGUGAUCCUAUGUCUGUCGUGGUUCGUUGUGGUGGGUUCGAGGGGCAGACCGCGAAGGUACCUCUCAAGAAAGGAGCCCUGACCACCUGGGACGAACUCUUUGAGUUCCCGUAUCAGAAUCCAAAUGAGCCACUUGAGUUACUGGUGCUGAACGAUCAAAUACCCGGUGACCACUUGUUGGGAUGCAUUUUAAUCCCGAAUGAGUUGGUGAAGGAUGCUACGAGUGGGGAUGAGACGAUACUCCCCAUCGAAUCAAGACGCGAUGCAUCGGCUGAAAUAACUCUUUGGGAUGGGAUUUCACGAGAGGGCACCAUGGGCUCUGUUGUGGUGUCCUGGUACAUCAGCAAGAACGGGCAGGACCGCAUUGACGAGACCGCCAUCGAACAGCAAGCACUCGACGAGCCAGUCCGAUGCAGCUUCGUGACUCACCACAUCUUCCAGUACACCGACAACGGCAGUGAACCAUUCGCUGGCGGCGUAUUGUGCGUGCUACGCGAUACUGAUGACAACUGCUCCGAGUCCAUAUUAUAUAACCUCGGCUCAACGCAGGAGACGUCGUUUUCGCCGUACUUUUCUAAAGAAGGCUAUCACUACCUUCCCGAAAACGCGUUCAAGGGAACGCAGCUCACCACAAACAAGAAGCUUGGUCAUAUUUUGAUCUGCGUUCCUAAAGAGGAAAGCGGCUUGGCCAAUGAGGAGGAGGAGCUUCUGGUCAUCGGUGCUGUGCCGCUAGACUUUGGACGGCUUCAUCGGCGUGGUAACGCUGUGCUACUUAUUGAGUCAAAGUCCAAGGACGACGCUCUCUGGGGUGAGAUCUUCGUCGAGUGGGACAAGCACUCACUGAGUGAUCUUAACGAUAAACCAGAGCUCAUACAAGUGCCAAAAGAAUCCGUUUUCGUGACUGUUGUGCGCGGUGAUAACCUCUGUAAGCAUGGACAGGAACCACUGGAGCAAGCCAUGUUGGCCAUCUCUACAGAGAACUUGGAGGGCACCACAAUGAUGGCACCAAGGUCUAAAGAUGAGGGUAGUGAUGACAACGUUAUUCAUUGGAAUCAAGAGGUUCGAUUUAUUGGAGUGGCUCGCGAUGAUAAUAAAUUGGAGCUGGUAGUGUAUGAAGAAGAGAAUUUACCAGUUACGGUUGGCAGUUGUGUGCUCAGUCAGGAAGAUGAGGGUGUGUGCAUUGUAAAAAUGCAUGAGAUUUCCAAGCCUGAAAAGGAUCGUGGUGAGGUCGUGCUGAGUUACAGGCGUUUCCACGGCCCAGAUCAACCGCAGAAGCUUAUUGCUGACCAAGACAGCCUAUCUCAGAACGACGAAGAAGUUGAAGAGCAGGAGGUUUCCGAGGAGCAAGAGGAACACGAAGAUGCUGAGGACAGGCGGCCAAUCGAAAUCGACCGUGAAAGUGAUCUGGAGAGGCCUGGUGAAAUCUACGAUGAGUUAUUGGAGCGAAAUGACGCGAACUCUCGUUCAUACGAAACACCGGUUGACGACUUGAAUCAAUUCAAAGGCGAAGGAGACGACAGGUAUAAGAUUGAUCCUUAUGAUGAAAACGAUGAUGAACUUGACAGGGAUUCUCUAGGAGAUCAGCAAAGACUACGCCGGCAAGAGAAAUCGCCCUCUGAGUCACGUGACGCGAGGAGGUCUCCCUCUACUGGUGCACGCGACAUGCAGAAAUCGCCCUCUGAGUCACGUGACGUGAGGAGGUCUCCCUCUACUGGUGCACGCGACAUGCAGAAAUCGCCCUCUGAAUCGGGUGACGCAGGUAAGUCGCUUUCUGCCGAACGUGCACGCCGAAGCAGAUCGGCUUCUAUGGGUUCUCAAGAUGGAGGCAGGUUACUUCCUCCUCUGCAACCACAGAAAGUCGAGUCCCAACCUCCAGAGGACAAACCAAAAAAGGAGACGGACGUCGCCGAUGACCUUCGUGGCUCGCGCCGCCAAAUCGGAAAGUCUAGGGUGGAACCCGUGUACCUGCCUCCACCACCAGAACCCAGUAACGUGCAUUCAGACCGCGCACGUGCGUCCAAAAUGUCUGGUUCCUCCAGUCUCCGUCGCCAGUCCACAGAUAAUGGAGACUCUUCACGAAGAUCACAGGGAUUCAUCCAACCCUGGUAUCCCGCUGGAAAUCCAGAAUCACAGCAACAUGUCCCGUAUGAAAGGAGCACUCUGUCUCUAAAGAAUAAGGAAAGUAUUCGUGAGUUGGAGCGUCGACGUAAUCGCAUUGUUGAGGAAUCGGUGCGACGUGGCACCUCACCCCGCGCCACGGGCACACGUGGUCUGCCAGAAGAGCCAAAUGAUGAAAUGUAA